AUGAACUGCACUCGUAAUGCCACCCUGACGCCGCAGCCGGGCCUGGUCCCGGCUGCAGGUGGGGGCUGCCAGGAGGGCGGCGGCGCAGGAGGCAGCGGCGCAGGAGGCAGCGGGGGCCUCUGGGUGACCGUCCUGCUCGGCGCCACGCUGAUGGUCAUGUGCGCCGUGGGCGUGGCGGGCAACGCGUACACGCUCGCCGUCACCCGCUCGGCCGCGCUGCGGCGGACCGGCUCCAUGUACGUGUACAUCGUCAACCUGGCCCUGGCGGACCUGCUGUACCUCUCCACCAUCCCCUUCGUGGUGUGCACCUACUUCGCCCACGACUGGCUGUUCGGCGACGCCGGCUGCCGCAUCCUGCUGAGCCUCGACCUCCUCACCAUGCACGCCAGCGUCUUCACCCUGGUGGCCAUGAGCCUGGAGCGCUACCGCGCCGUGGCCCGGCCCUUCAGCGCCCACAGGUCCUCGUCGCGGAGGAGGAGGCUGGCGGCGGGCGCCGUCUGGGGGCUGUCCUUCGCGCUGACGCUCCCCAUGAUGGUGAUGAUCCGACUCGGCGAGGGCCAGCAGAGGAUCUGCUUGCCCACCUGGACCCCCGAGGCCUUCAAGGCCUACAUCACCGUCCUGUUUCUCACCAGCGCCCUGCUCCCCGGGCUGGUCAUGGCGGGGCUGUACGCGGGGCUGGCCGGCCGCUACUGGGCGGCGCAGGACAGCUUAGGAGGCAGCAGCCGGUCCGCCCGGAGGAGGGGGCUCAAGCAGAAAGUGGUGUCCAUGAUCUUCUGCAUCGUCGCGGCCUACUGGGCCUGUUUCUUGCCUUUCUGGGGGUGGCAGCUGACCAAAAUGUUCUCCCCGGGGUCCCUCGGGUCGCUCUCCCCGGCCGCUCACAGUUACGUGAACUUCUUGGUCACGUGUCUGACCUACGGGAACAGCUGCAUCAACCCCUUCUUCUACACCCUCCUGACCCGGAACUACAAGGACUACCUGGCCCAGAAAGGUCGGUCCGUGGGCUCGAGCAGGUCCGACCCCACGCCGCUGCAGGAGCUCUAG